AUGGGAGAGAGGACCUAUGAUGAUGCUAUCAAUGCCUUGAAUACACUUCAAACACCAUACGAAGUUCUCAAAAAACGAUGGGAAGCUGGGAUCAAACUCGAUGAAGGAGCUAAUCGGGAAAUGAAACAGCAUCUGACUCGAAUUGGAUAUACACAAGAUGAUCUCGAACGAUUGAAUAUUGUCCAUGUUGCCGGUACCAAAGGAAAAGGAUCUACGUGUGCCUAUGUUGACUCUAUAUUGAAUCGAUAUAGAAAGUCACAUGAUCUUCCCCAAAAGGUUGGACUUUUCACAUCACCUCAUCUCAUUGCUGUCCGGGAAAGAAUUCGAAUCAAUUCAGCACCCAUAUCAGCUCCUAUGUUUGCGAAAUACUUCUUUGAGGUAUGGGAUCGUCUGGAAGCAGCUGCGGCAUCCCCGAGCGAACCGUUUGAGAAGCCUGUCUAUUUCAGAUACCUGAAUUUGAUGUCUUAUCACGUUUUUCUCCAAGAAGGCGUCGAUGCUGCAAUCUAUGAGGUUGGGGUUGGAGGCGAGUAUGAUUCGACGAAUAUUGUGGAUCGACCCGCGGUGACGGGUAUAUCAUCGCUAGGGAUCGAUCAUGUGUUUACGCUGGGAGACACGAUUGAUAAAAUUGCAUGGCAUAAAGCUGGAAUUCAGAAAGCAGGGGUGCCAUCGUUUACAGUGAAUCAAAAGCCAGAAGCGAUGAAAGUAGUAGAGAAGAGGGCUAGGGGGAAUGCAAGUCUUGCCAUUUGUCUGGCCGAAACAGUUUUAAACAAACUGAACCCCAAAUUCAGUACAUCCUCGAAUUCUCUACCCCAAGAAUUCGUAGAUGCUUUGGAACAAGUAGUUUGGCGUGGAAGAUGCGAAACAAAGGUUGAUGGAAAUGUCACCUGGUAUCUGGAUGGCGCACAUACUGCAGAUAGUAUCAUUGUCGCAGCAAAAUGGUUUGGUGAUGAGGUCGCAAAGGAGCACGGCCCACGAGUUCUGAUUUUCAACCAACAAGGUCAUCGUGAAGCGAUUGGAUUGCUAGAGGGGCUUCAUAGCGCAAUUCAAGGAUCCGUAAAGUUCGACCAUGUAAUAUUCUGCACAACAUCCAUUCAAAAAGAAAAUGCAUCCAAGAAAGAUUUCGUUAACCUUUCCUACGACCCUAAAUCGAUAUCCGAACUCACGAUGCAAAAAGCCUUUGCUGAAAAGUGGCGCUCGCUUGAUUUUAACCUCGAAACCGAUGUACAAGUUCUUCCAAGCGUGGAAGAUGCAUUUGAAUACGUCCGAGGUUUGGCUACGGAUGAGGUACAUGCUCAAGCUCUAAUUACGGGGAGUGUGCAUCUGGUUGGUAGAGCGCUGGGAAGUUUGGAAUCGGUGGAUGCACUGUAA